AUGGCUACCAAACAAUCCCAUCUUGAGGAAGACCUCUCCUGCCCCAUCUGUGGAAGUAUCUUUGAAAAGCCGGUGGUGCUGUUUUGCCGACAUCGCUUCUGUAAACGUUGUCUGGAGAGCCUGUGGAAUGGAGUGGGAUCUUGUGAAUGUCCUCUCUGCUGUCAGCCAUCAUCCAUGGGGGAACUCGUAGUCAACGCCACGCUCGAGAAGACCUGCGAGGGUUUUCUGAAGGAGCGAGCAAAAAACGAUCCGAUGGCAUGCAGGGAGCACGGAGAGAGAUUGAGCCUGUUUUGUCUUGAGGACCUGGAACCCACUUGUGGCAAGUGCAAGUCACUGGGUAACCACAAGGGUCACAGGUUAUAUUCUUUAGAUGAGGCCUCACAAGACUGUAAGGAAGAACUCAAAAAUGCCUUAAAACCACUUCGAGAAAAGCUGAAGCUAUACCAGAAAGCUAAACUCACGUGUGAGCAAACAACAGAGCACAUUAAGAAUCAAGCAGAUCAAACAGAGAGACAGAUACGAGCCGAGUUCGAGACGCUGCACCAGUUUCUGCGGGACGAGGAGGCGUCCAGGCUUUCCACCUUAAACCAAGAGAAGAUUCAAAAGAGCCAGAUCAUGAAAGACAAGAUUGAAGAUCUGGAAAAUGACAUCACAUCUAUAACCAACACUAUAAGAAGCAUUGAACAGGAGAUGAGAUCUCAGGAUGUACCAUUCCUCAAGAAUUACAAAGAAACCAUAAAAAGAACCUGGCGUAUUCCCCAGGACCCAGACAUGGUAACAGGAUCUCUACUUGAUGUAGCCAAAUACCUGGGGUCACUGAAGUUUAAAGUCUGGGAAAAAAUGAAGGAUAUUAUAACAUACACUCCGGUGAUCCUCGACCCAAACACAGCAGCAAACUGCUUCCUCCUGUCAGAGGAUCUGACCACAAUACAGUGCUGUUCCCAGACCUACGAUCUCCCGGACAACCCUGAGCGCUUUGACGUGGGUGCGGAGGUGCUGGCCAGCGAAGGCUUUAGCGUUGGACGGCACAGCUGGGAUAUUGAAGUGAAAAACAACACCUACUGGGUCAUCGGAGUGGCCAGCACGUCCAUCAACCGGAAAGGAAAGCACGUGCUGACCCCCGCCGAAGGAUUCUGGACCAUUCGCCUGCGUAAUGGAGAAUACAAAGCCUGUACCGCACCGUGGUCUCCGCUCACUAUGAACAAGGAGCUGCACGUAGUUAGAGUUGUAUUGGACAUGGACAGAUCCAAAUUGGCUUUCUACGACCCACGAGAGAGGACGCCUCUGUUCGCCUUCACAGACAUCAUCACCCCGAGAGCAUUCCCAUACUUCUGCAGCGCUUGCAAGGAGCACCCAUUAAAAGUUUUGCCAGCGAAGCUUUCGGUUAGCGUGGACUGACAGGCCUGAAUGUCACGCUCAGUGCUUCUCGUCCUGAGCUUUGAGUCUUACGUUACACUUGAUGCAAAAAUAACACUUGAUGUUUACUGGUUUUGGAUUUUAGAAAACUUGAUAUGUAUAUGGUCUCAGAUAAAACGGGGCAAGACACAAAGGCAUAAUUCAACAACAAAAAAAGAAAUUAAAUAUUAAACAAAUAGUAAACAAUAAAGAUAACACUUUACAGUAAAGUUAUAUUUUUAACAUUAUUAAAGGCGGGGUGCAUGAUCUCUCAAAGCCAAUGUUGACAUUUGAAAUCACCUAAACAAACACGCCCCUACCCCAAUAGAAUCUGGACCUUUAUUUGACCACCCUACACAUACGCAACCCAGGAAAUUAUGUCGGUUAGACACACCCCUUACUGCUGAUUGGCUACAAGUGUGUUCUGGUAUUCGGCCCGACUCCCUUUUCCAAAGUGUUUUUAAAAAUCAUGCACCCCGCCUUUAAAUGCACUUGCUAACAUGAACUAGCACAGUAGCUUUUAGCAUUUAUUAAUGCCAAUUAAAUUGUUUAUUGUUUGUUUCUAGAUAGUAAACUAAUGUUAACAGUUACAACUUUUGAUUUUCUUAGAGAUCUAAGAUUAAUAAAUGCUGUAAAAGUAUUGUUCAUUGUUAGUUAAUGUUAUGUAGUUACUGUAACUAAUGUUAAUAAAAGAAACCGGUAACACUUUACAAUAAGGUUUUAUUAGUAAACAUUUGUAAAUGCAUUAAAAAUGUUGCGUGAACUAAUAUUUUUAAGUUGAAUGAACUCAUGUUAAUUUAGUUAUGCAUGUUAGUUCAUGGUGCAUUAACUAAUGUUAACAGUUAACUUAUGAUUUUAUAAAUGUAUCAGUAAAUGCCGAAAUUAACAAAAACAAAGAUUAAUGCUGUAGAUAUAUUGUUUAUUGUUAGCUCAUGUUAGCUAAUGCAUCAAGUAAGGAAUAAUAGGCAGCAGGUUGUUAUCGCAGAAAUAAGUGAAUCUUGAACCGUGAGGAAAACCCGAAACGUUUACUUUUAGUUUUAAGAUAAGACAGUAGACGUUCAAAUGUCACGAACACACUAUUUGAUUUAAUCAUUUGUAAAUAUAAUGUCAUAUAUGUUAUUAAAAACAUAUUUAUUUUUGUGUAAUAUUAAACUGUACCUAUCAAAAUUUUUGUUAUUAGUUUCAGGAUCUCAGAAUAUCAUACCUUGGAAUGUCGUGGCUGGCCAAUCAGAAUCAAGCAUUUUAGAAUGUGGUAUAAGGGGCAUAAGAGUCUUAUCUAGCGAAACAAUUGUCAUUUUUGACAAGAAAAAUAAAAAAUAUGUACUUUUAAACCACAACUUUUCGUCUAGGUCCGGUCCAGCGCAACCUAACGUAAAUGCGUAGUGACGUAGGGAGGUCACGUGUUACAUAUAUAAAACGCACAUUUGCGGACCAUUUUAAACAAUAAACUGACACAAAGACAUUAAUUAGUAUCAGUUGACAUACAACAACAUAGGAAUGGUCCUCUUUCAACACACUUGUAAACACUGGGGCGUAGUUUCACGUUCGUCCUCUGUGACCUCUUGACGUAUUGCGUGGGGUCAGCUGGCGCAUCACGACCGGAUCUAGACGAGAAGUUGUGCUUUAAAAGUGUAUAUUUGUUAUUUUUCGUGUCAAAAAUGACAAUCGUUUCGCUAGAUAAGACCCUUAUGCCUCAUUUGGGAUCGUUUAUAGUCCUUUAAAACUCCGUUGAAAAAAACUGUUAUGUGUUGAGUUAAGUAUUAAAUGUUGGGCUCUAUUAAAGUCCAUUAAAAUGAGAAAAAUCCUGCAAUGUUUUCCUCAAAAAACAUAAUUUCUUCUCGACUGAACAAAGAAAGUCAUCAACAUUUUGGAUGACAUGGUGGUGAGUAAAUGAUCUGGAUUUUUCUUUUAAGAAAAUGGACUAAUCCUUUAAUGUUACCAAGAAUUUUGCAAAUAAAAAAUGAAAAGUA